GAAAGCCAAUCUGCUGCCCACUCCACCUGGAUGCAGCUGGAUGAUAACGGUAGCGGUUAACAGGCAGACACAUUGCGGGGCUGGCAUCUGUGCGCAUGCGUACCUCAGGGACUUUUGCCCUAGCGGCCACCUAUUUCUCCUAAAGUCAGCAUUAAACCUAAUAAGGCAGUAUAGGGGGCAUACUAGGGGGGCUAGCACAGAUGUGCCUACAUCUGUACCUAUAUAUAAACACUUUACCUACCUACUACAUUAGCUG